AAAUAGUGAGUUUUCUAUUAAAUUACCAAGCUAAUCAAUGUUAUUGGAAAAACACUAGUAAAAUUCCACUUCUUACCUGACCUCUCUCUUUAAAAAAAAACAAUUCUUUCUUUUUAAUUUUAAUAUUUUUACAAGCGGACUUUUAUUUUGAAACAGGUGGAUUUGUCCCCCGCCAAAAAUGAUAUCCUUUGGCUCAGCUCAGAUGUACAAUAGGGUUCAUGCACACAGGGGUGGUGACGUAUAUCCGCUACAAUCUCAGCCAGCUCAGCCUCUUCCGGUAUCCACCCUGUUGUGUUGAAUUUAGUGAAGUCGCGAUAAUGUCUCAGGCAAAAAAGUUUAAGUUUCAGCUAACUGACAGCACUACGGUUGAACAUUGCUGUGUACCUUUGUGUCAGGCCUCUAGUAAGUACAAUAAAGUACUUAGUUUUCAUACAUUUCCCUCCGAUGCGGAAAACCGGCUAAAAUGUAUUGUUGCUAUCCGGAAUGAGAACUUCAGUCACUCCGCAUACCCGCGUGUGUAGCCGGCAUUUUAAGAAAGAGGAUUUGCGUGAACCAGAGUCCAAGUCUGGACGGCGACUGUUAAAGAAGGGAGCGGUGCCGAUGUUGUUUGAGUGGAACAAUUUCUCUGUCCCACUUUCACGACCGGGGGGGGCUGGACACCUGUCCAGGAGACGGAUGCACUCCUCGGGGACCACGACUACGCUUCUGCUCCGGACCCCGCUGCUGUCGACUUGGUUCUGGAAGAAAACCUGCUUCUUAGAGAGGAGAUCCUCCAGCUGAAGAAACAAAUAGAGCAGCUUACUCUGGAGCAUCGCUUUGGCAUUCACCGCUUUGCUGGCUCAGACAGUGACAUUCGCUUUUACAGGUUUGGAUCCUAUGACCUCCUCAUGCGCUUCUGGGCCUUAAUAGAGCCCUCUCUGCCAUCUAUGGUUAGUGUCACACCAGCACAGAGAGGCACCUUUGAGCCAAGUUCCACUGUGUCUCGUUACCUGCAGCCCAUAGAUGAGAUGUUCAUGUUUCUGAACUAUCUUGCACUGCGUUUAAAACAGCAUGACCUUGCCGACCGGUUUGGGGUCCACCAGUCCACAGUCAGUCGGAUUAUUACAACAUGGAGCAACUUUCUAUAUGCUGUGCUGGGGUCAGUGAGAAUCUGGAUGGCAGUGGAAAAAAUAAGGGAACAUCUGCCAGCAGAGUUCAAGGACUAUGCAGACACUACAGUUAUCCUGGACUGCACAGAGCUGAGGUGCCAGUGCCCAUCUUCACCUCUUCUUCAAAGUGAAGUAUUUUCUGUGUACAAGUCCCAUUGUACACUUAAAGGGCUGCUUGGUGUUGCUCCUCAUGGGGCUGUCACAUUUAUCUCUCCACUGUAUGCUGGAUCCAUCAGUGACAAACAGAUCAUGAGAGAGUCUGGAAUUCUCUCCCUGUUGAGACCUGGGAUAGCCAUCAUGGUCGAUCGAGGAUUUCUUGUUGGUGACUUUGUGCCAUGUAAAAUCUACAGGCCUCCAUUUCUGUCUGGAUGAUCCCAGAUGCAUGUUGGUGAGGUCAGGGAGACCCAGGCCAUUGCCCGCCUUAGGGUGCACGUGGAGCGCCUUCCUCUCCGGCUUUUUGGCAACAUUAAUCAGCUCUAUACUGUAGCAUGUCUGCUGACAAACUAUGAAAACGGGCCUCUUGUAAAGGCUUGGACAAAAAAGCAAGGCUCAACAUCUGCUGGGCUUUUUUGAAGGUGGAAAUGUUUAGUUUCUUAUCACAGAGGAUGUAAUGUAAAUAGCAUAAAUCUGCAUGUAUAUAUGUAUAUAUUUUUCAAUGAAAUA